AUGACUUUAAAGCAUUUACCAAGUACUCAGUUUGGUAAUAGUUGAAUAGAAAAUCAUGUCUUCAGAUGCAUCUGUAGUAUUCAAUCGAAUCCGACCAUAUUGUGUGGAAUUCGUACAAACAAAAAACUUGCAAUCACUGCGGAAAUUUUAUAAAAAAUUAAACGAAAUAAAUCAAGAAUCUUUGGAUGAAAUCGCACUUUAUAUUUUAUUUCCAUUACGAGUUGCUUUGAAAAAUAAGGAAAUAUUAAAAAAUGAAGAUUUUGUCUGCUGCGUUUUGGAAUGUCUUACUAAUAUUUUUACUCACGCUAUUGUGAAUGAUUGGAAUGUAAUUAACGAGAUUUUAACCCAACUUUGUGGAAUAAUUUCCAAUCCUAAAGAAAAGGACAUGAAUGCUCGAGGCUCAGAAGAAGUAAAAGGGGGAGUAGCAAGUACAAUAUAUCACUUAUUCGAUCAUGCAUCUUUGCCAAUUUGGAGGAAUAUGUAUGAUUAUUCAACUAUACCGCUCCUUGGUCAUGUUGUGACAUUAUUGCUGUCAAUUGCAAAGGAAAAUAUUGAAAGAAAGGCUCGGAUUUCUGCUUUAACAGCUCUCAAGUCAAUAUGUAAACCAUCUUACUUCUCUUUACUUGAAGAGAGUGAGCAAAACGCAGCUGAAAUUGUGAUUGGCGAUUGCAUAGCAUGUUUUCUGCCUGGAGUCUCCAUUUCUCUGUCCAAAAUUAUUGCCAGUGAUCUGAGCGCAGGGCACAAAAUCAAAUCUUUUUGUUUAGAAGUGCUUGGAGUGUACCUCACUGCAACUUUGUCAGAUAAAAGCACAGAAAUAUCAGCCGUAUCGAAAAAAUCGGUCAGUGACAUUAACCCUCGUCUGAAGUCAUUAAUCGUUACUAGAAAUGAUAAAUGGGUUUCUAUGGUUACCAAAAAUCUGGAACCAAUCAUCAACAACGCAUGCUCAGCUUCGAACUCUGAGGAAUGGUCAUUGCGAUUGAAUUGUGUGAAAUUUUGCAAAAGCAUUUUACUACAUUGCUCAGUAAAUCUGAAAAAUCACGCCAGCACUUUAUUAAAAGUUCCUGUGAAACUUUUAAAUGAUGAUUACGUUCAAAUUAAACAAAUUUGUUCUCAAAUUUUGGAAGAUUAUUCCCUCAAUCUUCAGAAAACAGAAUCUAAAUCCCAAAUUUUAGUAGAGAUAUUGGAAGAAAAUUUAUUUGCAUUAUGCACAAGUUUUCCUCGAUAUAUGAGGACAAUGCAAGAUUCUGAAAAACUGUCAACGUUAAAAAUUCUUCUCGGAUAUUUAACGUUAUUAAAAGACAAAAUCAACAAUCUUCUUUAUUCGCAACCACAUUUGAAGAAGUUGAGUUCAGCCUUGUUGCAUAGUUUUGAACUUGAUACUUCAAGUAUACAACUUAUGGACAUUGUGAUGUCAUCAGAAAAUGGUGACAAUGGUUUCCAUAGCGAUAACAACUCUCCAAUUACAUCAUGUUUUCGAAAAGAAUUUAGUCAUUUUCGUAACCAGGAUAUCUUCACCACACUAAAACGUAUUUGUAAUAUAUUGGGACAACAUGGCGACUGUGAUGUUCUGUUGGAUCAUUUUUUAGAAAUCUACAACACAUCAGAGUCUUUUUGCAAGCAAGCUGUGCUUAUUCUUAGUGAAAUUUUAAUCGGUGUUGAAAAAGGUACCAGAGACACAAAUUUUAAAAUUGUGCAAUCAAGUGUUAAAACUUUAUUAGAAGAGUACCUCUUGCCUGAAAACUGGUUUUUAGUUACACGCUUCGAUUCUGAGUAUUUAAAGACGCAUCACCAAACUCGAAUACAGAAAAUUUCUCCUGGUACAGAAAUGACAGUUAUGCCGAUGUUACACUUGAAGGGUCAAAAAAAAUUACCACUAAAACAGAUGAAAAGUAAUGUUAUACUGUGCUGUCUACAUCUUGAGGCGAUUCUAACAUUUUCGAGAGUAUUGGGUAACGAUUUCAGAGCAUUUCUCAUGUAUGCUUUGUAUCCGUUACUUGAAAAAACUACGGAACAAGACGGUACAAUUUCGUCUUGUGCUAUUCGUGCAUUGCGAGGCGUUGCUUCAUAUUGUGGAUAUUCUUCUUCAUCAAUGAUGAUUGCUGAAAAUGCAGAUUAUCUUAUAAGUGAUAUUUCAAUCCAGAUUCAUAGAAUUGAAGUAUUUCCAAGAUGUCCUGCAGUACUUCAAGCCAUGCUGGACAACAGCAAUUCUGACAUACUUGCUCUGGUCAGCGAUACAAUCGAUGAGAUUCUCUUGUCGUUGGAUUUACAUCAUCUGAACCUUGCUCGACUUUUAGUAUUCUUGCCAGUUUUACUUUCUGUGGUAAAGGCAGUGAAUAGAUGGACUCGGAAACCAGAUGCAAAACUUUUUUCCGAAAAAGAUGAUUUUUGUUCUAUCACAAAUUCAGAAUCAAAGGAGUCCAAAAUUAAUGAAACAGUAGAUACAAAUGAAAAUUCUGAGACUGUGACUCAUAAUGAGUCAGAAUUUAAUCCUGCAGAUACCUGUUCGAGCGUGAAUUCUACCAAAAAUUAUGAGACUGUGGAGGUGAAGACAGAAAUUAAUUCUGGAGAUACCUUUUCACACAUGAAUUCUGCCAAAAUUUAUUCUCGUAAAUUAUUUGUUAAAAACCUCAAAAAAGAACUUUUAGAAUUACACAAAAACAAGAAAAUUGCAAAUUUGGAAACCGAUGCUGAAGUAGACCCCAAUUGGAAACCAGAGCAAGAAUAUGAUGCGCAACAUCAGCAUGAAAAUGAAAAUGAUGAAAAACCAAAAAUUCCAAUGGAAAUAACUGUCGUAACGAAAGUUUUGAGUCGUUGUAUCCAUUUGAUGGCGCACUCAAACCCGAAAGUACGAAUGAAAGUCAUGGAGAUAGUAGAAUGUGGCAUGUCCAUACUAAGCACACACGAAAAUGAGUUGCUCCCUAUGACACAUAAACUAUGGAAUCCUCUGGUUGUCAGAUUUGGAGAUGGUGAAUUACAGGUUGUGAUGAAAGCUUUCGACACAUUGUGUGUCAUUGCUUCUUAUUCAAAAGACUUUCUUCGAAAACGAUUUUGCAAAGAAAUUUUGCCAAAAUUACUCUCUGUUCUUGAAAUUCAAGCUAAAAAGAGCGUUGGACUAUCAAAAAGACCAAUAUCGGGGGGUGUCACUUCCAUUACAAUUCCGUGGCAUCUUACAAUGACACCAUCACAAGACACAGUGGCAUAUAUGCAUUCUGUGGCUUUUAAAUUGCAACAAAAGGCUCUGAAAGGACUGGGACCUCUUCUAAGGAAUAUUGAAAUUGAUAGAACUGAUCUUAUCAAAGUGUGUCAGACAUGCUUGCCCUAUUUAAGCUCAAAGCAGCCUCAUCAAUUGCAGAUCGACGCUAUAUCUCUAUUUCAAACUUUAUUUACAAUAGAUAGAGAUGUAACUUGGCUUCAACUCGUCGGCUUGUGGUGCACGGAGUCAACUUUAAAGCCUCCUGAAUAUCUCAGUGCCCACCCUAUGGGCCGUAACUUGCAAACAAUUUAUUUAGGUGGUACUACGGAUCAGAAAAGCGAAUUUGCGGUUAAUGUCAAAAAGUUACUUCAAUUAUCCUGAUUGGAGGGAUAUAAUUUUUAUCUAACAAAAAAUGUUUCUGCGAAUUGAAAGAAAAAAUUUAAGGUGAAAUAUCAAACUGUGACAAAAUUGAAAACAACAGAAAAUCCAGUGACUUUUCCCGUCUUUGGGUACAGAAUAUUGGAAACCCGUUAGUUCUGCAUAAGAGUGAUUUUUCCCAACAACUGAUCGUUCUGCAAGCGAGCUGUGCUUAUUCUUAUCAAAUUUAGUCUGGUAAAAAUAGUACAAGAGACACAAAUUUCAAAAUUGUGCGGUCAAGCGUAAAAACUUUAUUUGAGAAGUACCUUUUGCCUGAAAAUAAUGGUAAACUGAUUUAUGUAUGUAUGGACUUCAUAUCUUGCCCGAAAAAAAGUUCCUUUCUUGUUCCCUUAUUUAAAUUGGAUGAUAAAACAGUUCAAUAAUAAUGUUGGAAUCACUGCCCUCUGCCAGAUUCAACCCCAUGCUUGCUAGAAUAAGCGACAAGUUUUAGCAACCUAACUGCCUGCUAAUGUGGGCUACUUACUUAAUUUCAGCUGCUACCUUCUGAUAAUGAAGCCAUGAGAUUGUAAUAGACUGUGUGAUUUAAGGUUGUGAGUUAUUAGGAUUCAUUAAAAAUGUGAGAAUUACUUUUUACCUGACCAUUUUGUGUUCCCCCGUCCUAAUCCAAUAAUUCUCUGAAAUGUAAUCAAAUAUGUAAUCCCUUCCUUAUGCGAGGUACCUAUCUAUUUUUUGUUUUUUUUAACAGUGUACCUGAUAAACAUUGUAGAUAAAUAUACAUUGUUAUCACUGCAUACUGGAGAAUUAUUGAUAAAGUGUUUGUUAUCUAAGCUAAUGAUUUCACACAAUCAAUUUUAUCCAUUUGCUAUCAUGCGUCAUGAAAUCACCUUCUGGCAAUUGACAAAAAUAUACAGCAGAAUAUAUAUGAGAGAUGGAAAAUAUCUCAUGGGAAAUGAACACAUUGACCAGUGUCUUGGCACGCCACAUGUUUUGUAUUUCUGAUUCAUUCAGAAAAUUUUCCUAUGGCGAUAAGAUAACUAUACUCAUGAUUUGGUUUCUGUGAGACUGACUACUCAUCUUUGUUCUAUGCUUUUGUGUCAGUGGAUUCGUAUGCAUAUAAUGCAAGGAUGGCUGUAGCAAGAGUAAAGAUAACACAAAUAUAUUUCUAUAAUGUAACUAUGUAUGUCUGAAGAAGUCUGACCUUGGUCAGACGAAAUGUUACAGAAAUAUAUUUGUGUUAGUGUGCAGCAAGACUCUUGAAUCACUGGUGAUAACUAUAGUUGCACUUGAUAAGGUUAGGAACCUGAACCUUCUCAAUUUUGCAGUCAAUUGUGCAGAUGAAGGGCAUGGUCAGAAAUGAUUUUUUAGCAGAAAAGUUUCAGAAAAUAUUCUUGUAGAAAAAUCAUGUUGCGAACAAUAAUAUUGUGUAAUUUAUUGAGCUAUUCACAUCUGUUGUUUUGCAUAUUUUUCUUCUUCUGUCAAUCGUAUUUACUUUUCUAAAUUUUGUUUUAUUUAAUUUGUUACUCAAUUUUUUCAG